AUGAAGACGGCUUUAAUUUUGCUCAGCAUUUUGGGAAUGGCCUGUGCUUUCUCAAUGAAAACUUUGCAUCGAAGAGCCAAAUUAGAGGAUUCUGAAGAAAAUGGGGUGUUUAAGCACAGGCCCCGAUACUAUCUUUACAAGCAUGCCUACUUUUAUCCUCCUCUAAAACGAUUUCCAGUUCAGAGCAGUAGUGACUCAUCUGAAGAAAAUGGAAAUGGUGGUAGCUCAGAAGAAGAGGAGGAAGAAGAGACUUCAAAUGAAGAAGAAAACAAUGAAGAGAAUGAAGAUUCUGAUGAAAAUGAAGAUGAAGAAUCAGAGGCUGAGAACGCCACCCUUCCCACUACCACACUUGGCUAUGGAGAAGAGAUCACACCUGGAACCGGCAACAUAGGUCUAGCAGCCAUCCAGCUUCCCAAGAAGGCUGGGGAUACAGGAAAGAAGGCUACAAAAGAGGAGGAAAGUGAUGAAGAAGAAGAGGACGAGGAGGAAGAGGAAAAUGAGGCAGAAGUGGAUAGUAAUGAGCAAGGCAUAAACGGCACCAGCACCAACAGCACUGAGGCAGACGGUGGCCGUGGCAGCAGUGGUGCGGACAACGGAGAGGAAGAAGGGGAAGAAGACGGUGCCACUGAAGCCAACGCAGAAGCAACCGCAGUGGCUGCAGAGCAGGACAAUGGUGGCUCUAAGGUAACUACCUCUCCAAACGGUGGGUUUGAACCUACAACUCCACCCCAGGAGGUCUACGGGACCACCCCACCACCGGUUGGGAAAACCACCACCCCUGGAUACGAGGGGGAGUAUGAACAAACAGGCACCAAUGAGUACGACAAUGGAUAUGAAAUCUACGAGAAUGAGAAUGGGGGAGCUCGUGGGGACAAUUACCGAGUCUAUGAGGAUGAGUACAGCUACUAUAAAGGGCGUAGCUACGGCAGCUAUGACGGUCAAGAUUACUACUACCACCAGUGA